UUUAUGUUUGAUAAGUGGAGAAUGUUAGAAAUUCGUAACGUCACAUGAAUGGAGCUUCAGUUUUUCCAGACUUGAGGAGAGAAAUGGAUUUAUGACGUAACAACUAAAUAUUAUGUGAAAAGUGAUCUAUAUAAGAAUUCGUCUCGCCUCAUAAGAUGGCUGCUUGGAUCAACAUAACUUCUAAACUGGAGCAAGGUUUGAAGAUAGUGGCUCGAGUGGAUAAUAGCAAAUUUCGGCUUCUUGUUAACCGCAUAUGCCAGACUUUGCAGUCAAGCAUUGAUACGAAGGUGUUUAAUGAAGAAGAAGAGGAAAAGCUGCUAGUUUCCUUAGACCUGACAAAAGAUGAAUUAGUUCUUCUGCUGGAUACUAUUACAUCCAUUUACACGCAGGCUGCAUGUAACGUUGUCAAACCGUCUGUCAUGGAAGCAGUCAUAAAAGAUCAUUUUAAAUUAGACGAAGAGAAAAUUUCGAUAUUUACAAAUGCUUGGAUGACUUAUGGAAAAGGCAUUGUAGAGAAUCUAAGGCAACAGUCUAUUUUUCCUACUCAGGUGAAGGAUAUCAACUGGUGUCUAAAUGUACAAUCAUCGUCCUCUGUAAUUUCCAAAGAUGCACGACCUGUAGCAUUGGUCCAACUAGGUCUGACUGGUGAUAAGACAUCUACGUUAACAAUAGAGUUUGACAAGAAGCAAUUAACAGAGCUUUAUUACAAUCUAGAAAAAAUCCAAACUCAAUUAGAUGCUCUUAAGUAACAUGAUUAAUGUUGAUAUUUAUA